GCAUUCCAGGCGGGGGUGGGUGAUAAGGCUCAGGGCCACAGACAUCUGCGUCAGAGAUAGGCCUCAAUGCCAGCCAGGGACUGCUGGGCGUGGGAAGAAGAGGAGAGGGCUGGCAGGGGAGAGUGGGGAGGGCAGGAAGGAGUGUAGCACCCGCCGUGAGUGGGCACUAAGAAUAGUCACCCAGGAGCCGAGGGCAGCAGGAAGCUCGGGUGGGGCAUCUCAAUGCGGCCCCCGGCCAUGCCGCCUCUGCUGCUCGUCCUGCAGCUUCUGCUGCUGAUGGGUAUGAAGGGUGGACACGGAUGCCAGGGCCCAGAACCAGCCAGGGAGCUGGUGCUGGCCAAAGUGAGGGCCGUGGUGCUGGAUGCUUUGGGCGCCCCCAAUGCCUCCAAGGAUGGUGGUGAGCCUGGGGCCCGGCGCCUGCCCCGCAGACAUGCCCAUGCUGGUGGGCCCACACGCAGAAGCGUGGAAAACGAAGAUGAGGACCUAUCCCAGGUCAUCCUUUUCCCAACCUCAGGUCCCGGCUGUGAAGAUGAACCAGAGACUGGGGAGGCUGAGGGCCUGUUCACAUACACAUUCCGGCCUUCCCUGCACACGCGAAGUCGCCAGGUGACAGCUGCCCAGCUGUGGUUCCACACUGGCCUGGACAGGGGGGGUGCCAAAGUCCACAAUGACUCGGGCCCCACCAUGACACUGCUGGCCAUGUCUUCAGGGGGACCCACUGCAGUGCCAAUAUUACUGGGCCCAGCCCCACCUCACUGGGCCGUGCUUCAUCUGGCAGCCCCUGCAUUCACGCUGCUGACCCGUCCCCUCCUUGUGCUGCUGCUUCACUGCCCAAAUUGCCCCUGCCUGGCCCGGCUUGAUGCCACCCCCUUCCUGGUGGCACAUACCAGGGCCCGCCCACCCAGUGUCGGGGAGAGGGCUCGUCGCUCCCCCCUUCCGCCCCCCUGGCCCUGGUCUCCUGCUGCCUUGCGUUUGCUGCAGCGUCCUUCAGAAGAUCCAGCUGCCCAUGCUGACUGCCAUCGGGCUGCCCUGAACAUCUCCUUCCAGGAACUCGGCUGGGACCAGUGGAUUGUUCACCCGUCUAGCUUCAUCUUCCAUUACUGCCACGGGGGCUGUGGGCUGGUCCCCUCCCCAGUUCUGUCUCCUGGGGCCUCCCUCAUGCCUUCUCAGCCCCUGCCCCUGGGCCCAGGCUCCCGGCCCUGCUGUGCUGCUUUGCCUAGCACCAUGAGACCCCUGCGUGUCCGUACCACCUCAGACGGAGGCUAUUCCUUCAAGUAUGAGACAGUGCCCAACCUCCUCACUCAGCACUGUGCCUGCAUAUAGGGAGACCCCUUCCCAAGUUAGGGCCUAAACUCCCCGUUAAUGCUGGUGCUGGCUACAACCACAGAGAGGAGACAAGGUCAAAGGACAGAUUCUCAAUCCCUACUCUCAUCUCCGAGAACUGGGUCCUCCUUGUCCAAGGUCACCCUCAUCGAUUGCAAACCAAUUAAUAAACAGUUCAGCAUAACUGACUA